UUUCCUUUGAUUUUCUCAUAUUCUUAAUUUUUUGGCACAUGUCUAAUUUUUUGUAAUCCUUAAUUCUAAUGGUCUGUGUUUUGCGUGAAUUUGUUGUAGGGUUUUUGGCUUUGAUUUAUCACCAUCUGCGCAAUGACAAACCAGUCAAAAUAUGGAUUUUGGGUGGAGUUCGGAUGGUGAUGAUGUUCAGAUGGUAACGACUAGAAACUGUCCACAAGUUGAAAAUGAAACUAUUGAGGAUGAAACUGUGGAUAAUCAAUGUGAUGUGAAUUUGGGAGAUGGAUUGAAUAUGGGAGAUGGCGUGAAUUUGGGAGAUGGUGAUGGAGAUGGAGUGAAUAUGGAAGAUGGGGAUGGAGUCAAUGUCAUUUCCACUUCUAGUAGUGGACUUUUUGAACCGUUCAUUGGGAAGGAAUUUGAUGAAGUUGAGGAUGCUCAAGCAUUUUACAAGGCGUAUGCAAGACGAAAAGGUUUUGUAAUAAGGACCAACCAUACGCAAUUAUCGAGAGGAGACAAAAAAUUAAUUGGAGUACACUAUGUUUGUACAAGGGAAGGAUUUAGGUGUGAAAGUCUCAAACAAAAAGAAAGACAAAUUCCCGAACUAGUUGAAACAAAAAUUUGGUGUAAAGCUACCAUGUGUAUAAAAAAAGAUGGUGAAAGGUGGGUAGUAUGCAAGUUUUACCCUCAACACAAUCAUGAGCUACUCACACCAAGAAGUACCAGUAUGCUCCGUGGACAUAGAGGAGUCACACGCAUGCAAAAAAACCUCAUUCAGACAUUGAAUGAGUCUGGUGUACCGACAAGGAAGAUAAUGUCAGUGUUAAGCAAAGAAGCAGGUGGUAAUUUUAAUAUUGGUUGUAUUGGAAAGGACGUUGAAAAUUAUUUGAGAAAUAAAAGAAAAAAAUUAUUUGAAGAGGGAGAUGCACAAAGGUUGUAUGCAUACUUUCUUGAAUGA